AUGCCUUCCCAGAAGCUCCUCAUUACCGGCGCAACAGGCUACAUCGGCGGCACUGUGCUAACCCAGUUGCUGAACUCGACGGUUCCGGAGACAAAGUCCCUCUCUUUCAGCGCCCUGGUUCGGCAUCAAAGCCAAGCCAGCAUCUUCGCUGAGAAGGGCAUCCAACCAAUCUUGUUCAACGGCUUGGACGACACCGCAAUCCUUCGGCAAGCAGCGGCUGGCCACGAUGUCAUCAUCCACAUCGCCAACAGCUUUCACAAAGCUUCGGCAGAGGCUAUGCUGCAGGGUCUACAUGACCGAAAGGCCAAGACAGGAAAGACUGGUAUCUUCAUCCACACUUCCGGAACGAGCAAUGUUGCUGACUUCCCCAUCACGAAGAAGUACCGUGGAACUCGAGUCUUCUCCGACAAAGAAGACAUCUUCAGCUACGAGAAGUCCCUUGAUCUCCAAGAACCCUAUCAAAAUCGUUCAGUUGACAUCUUCGUCGCUGAGACUGGCAAGCGAUUGGGAGUAGACACGUACUCCAUCUGGCCGCCUCUCGUUUUCGGCAUCGGAACUGGCUUCUUUAGGACACUUUCCAAUGGCCAGUUACCCAUGCUUAUGCGCUUGGCCCUAGCCAAUGGAGAAUCUCGGUAUGUUGGUGAAGGUGCCGGGCGAUGGAGCCAUGUUCACGUGGAAGAUCUGGCGGCGCUUUAUGAGACUGUCGUUGCCAGAGCCAUUGCCGGGAAGAUUUCCCCUCACGACCGAGCCAUUUUCUUUACCGAGACUGGGAGCAGUAGCUUUGCCGAAAUUGCUGACAAUAUCGGACGAGCCGGAUAA